AGGGUAUGUUUGAUAGGAGUGGAAGAGAAAUUAGGGUUUUGUGAGAGAGAGAGAGAGGAGCAAUGGCGCCGAAGCAGGGAAGAGCGAGGGUUAGCAGAAACCCAGAAUUGAUAAGGGGAAUUGGAAAAUACUCAAGAUCUCAGAUGUACCAUAAGAGGGGUCUCUGGGCCAUCAAGGCCAAGAACGGUGGCUCUUUCCCUCGCCACGAUCCCAAUCCCAAGCCUCAAGCACCCCCUCAGAAACCCCCUAAGUUCUACCCUGCUGAAGAUGUCAAGAAGCCUCUUCUCAACAAGCACAAGCCCAAAGCUACCAAGCUCAGGGCCAGCAUUACUGCCGGGACUGUGCUGAUUCUUCUUGCCGGCAGAUUUAAGGGAAAGAGAGUAGUGUUUCUUAAGCAGCUUCCUUCUGGGUUGCUUCUCGUAACCGGUCCUUUCAAGAUUAAUGGAGUUCCUUUGAGACGCGUGAAUCAGUCGUAUGUUAUUGGCACAUCAACCAAAGUAGAUGUUUCUGCAGUUAAUGUGGAUAAAUUUGACGACAAGUACUUUUCAAAGGAAGUCCAGAAAAAGACAAAGAAGGGAGAAGGGGAGUUCUUUGAGGCAGAAAAGGAGGAGAAAAAUGUGCUCCCCCAACAAAAGAAAGAUGACCAAAAGACUGUGGAUUCCGCAUUGAUAAAAGCAAUCGAGAGUGUUCCAGACUUGGUGGUUUACCUAGGUGCCAGGUUUUCCUUGAAGGCAGGGGUGAAGCCUCACGAGCUAGUCUUCUAGAUGAAACUAGCGUUAGAAUUGUCUUCCUAUAUUCUUUUUCUUGGCUGAACUUUGAUCUUAUAUUUGUAUUCAUUGGUAAUAGACAUGAAAAACGCGAGUUUUAUUUUUGUAGUCAACAGAUUGUUCCAGGGUUUUUCCUUCAAUUUUGCUCCCUUUUUCAAAUGUCUAGAAUUUUACUCGUGAACCGAGUUAUUUAUGAUUUUAAGGCUUGUUGGCUUACAGAGUGAAAAAUAGUUUCACCAACAGAAAAAGUUCGAAAGAUAGAAGAUCUACCAUUUGGGCGUUUAAAAUUAAUUUUGUUUUCCAUGUUGCUGAAUGCUUAACAGUUCAAUGAAUUAUGAAUACGCUAUUUCAGG